AUGGGGUUGCUAACAGAAGGGAGUCCUCUUACUUGGGAAGAAACUCGAGAUUUGGCAGAUCAUGUUAGAGAACACGGGAUUACACAAUUUAUUAAUUUAUAUCACAAACUUAAAGAUCGUCAAGGGGAUUUUUUAAAAUGGGGGGAUGAGGUAGAAUACAUGAUAGUAAAAUUUGAUCACGAACGAAAAACUGCUAGACUUUCCCUAAGAGCCCAAGAAAUUUUACCAAUUCUUCAAGAACCUGAAAAAAACGAUCCCGAGUCUGUUAAAUCUCUAUGGCGUCCCGAAUAUGCAGCCUACAUGAUUGAAGGAACACCUGGAAAACCCUAUGGAGGUCUCCUUUCAUUUUUCAACACCGUUGAAACAAACAUGAAAUUGAGAAGAGAAGAAGCGAGUACUUUUCUCAAGCCUGGAGAAGUACUUAUGACUAUUACUAGUUUUCCGAGAUUAGGUUGUCCAGAUUUUACUGAUCCUUCUCAGAAGACUUCUCCCAAAGAUGGAGCUUCAAAAUCAUUAUUUUUUCCGGACGGAGCCAUUUAUCCGGGUCAUCCAAGAUUUAAAACAUUAACUAGAAACAUUCGGAUGAGGAGAACGGAAAAAAUUGCUAUAAACAUGCCUGUUUAUAAAGAUGAAAAUACGCCAUCGCCGUACGUGGAAGAUUUCGAAGAUCUCGGAGAUGAUGGAGAAAGUGCAAAAGCAGCCCUUCCAGAUCACGUUUAUAUGGAUGCCAUGGGAUUCGGAAUGGGUUGUUGUUGUCUUCAGUUAACUUUUCAAGCAUGUAACAUUCAAGAAGCGAGAACACUGUAUGAUCAGCUGACUCCUCUUUGUCCCAUUAUGCUUGCUCUCACGGCCGCCUCACCGUUUUACAGAGGGAAAAUAUGUGACGUAGAUUGUCGUUGGAACGUCAUUUCCGAAUCGGUCGAUUGUCGAACUCCCGAAGAACGAGGUUUGGUACCGCUUAAAAAUAAUCGUUUUGUCAUUCCCAAAUCGAGAUAUGAUUCAAUCGAUUCGUACUUAUCCGAACAUGGAAGACAUUAUAACGAUGUACCUCUAAUAUAUGAUGAAGCCAUAUAUAAAAGAUUAAGGGAUGCUGAUAUAGAUGAUCUUUUGGCUCAACAUAUUGCUCAUUUAUUUAUACGAGAUACCGUUUCUUUGUUUAGCGAAAGAAUUCAUCAAAACGACAAUGAGGAUUCCGAUCACUUUGAGAAUAUUCAAUCGACGAAUUGGCAAACUAUGAGAUUUAAACCGCCGCCAUUUAAUUCUUCAAUCGGUUGGCGUGUUGAAUUCAGACCUUGCGAAGUACAAAUAACGGAUAUGGAAAAUGCGGCCAUUGUUUGUUUCGUCGUACUCCUCACUCGCGUCAUUCUUUCUUAUCAAUUAAAUUUUAUUAUUCCCAUAAGUAAGGUAGAUGAAAAUAUGCAAAAAGCUCAACGGAGAAACGCAUUAAGAGAACAACUUUUUUGGUUUCGAAAGGAUAUUUUAACGUGCGUGUCACCACCGGAAGCAGCAUCCCGUUGUAAAAACACAAGCGGAGAUAUUUAUCAACCCAUGUCUAUUAAUCACAUAAUUAACGGAAAGGAAGGUGUUUUCCCCGGGUUGAUACCAUUAAUUAACGGUUAUUUGAGUGGCAUGGACGUCGAUGCGGAUACUCAUUGCACAAUUCAACAAUAUUUAAAAUUAAUACAAAGAAGAGCUUCGGGAGAAUUGAAAACCACGGCGGCCUAUUUGAGAGAUUACGUAGCCAAUCAUCCGGAUUAUAAGAAAGAUUCGAAUAUAAGUGAGAAAAUCAAUUACGAUUUAUUGAAUCACGUGAAAGACAUUGAAAAGGGGAAAAUAUUAUGUCCGGAACUUUUGGGAAUAUCGAUAAAAUCAAAAACUCAAGAAUUUAUACCGAAAGCCGUGAGCAAAGCCUACGAAUCAAAUUAUUCAAGUUAG